AUGUCGAACCCUCUCGAUACCGACGCUGGCUCUGAGCUCUUCAGUUCUUACGAAGCUGAGUACAAGCUUAUCCAAGCGGACCUAAACCAGAAGCUUGACCAGAUUCCUGAACUGGCUGGCGAACCUCGAAAGGCUGCCAUCAGCCAAGCCGAGCGGGCGCUUGAGGAGCUCGACGAACAGCUCAGCGCAAUGCGCUUGGAGAAGCAGAACAUUCCGACCAGCUCUCGCACCAAGGUCAACCAGCGCUUCCGAAACUACGAAUCAGACACAGACGCCGCUCGUCGCAAAUUGAUUACUCUGUCCUCCGACCGUUCGGCACUUUUUGGAUCGCGAUACACGGAUGACCCCGCUGGUUCAUCAGACAUCAAUAUGGAACAACGACAACAGUUGCUCUCCGGCACGGACCGUCUUGAUAGAAGCACACAGCGACUGAAGAACAGUCAGGCUCUUGCCCACGAGACCGAAGCGAUUGGAGCGGAUACCCUCGCAAACCUUGGCAGGCAGCGAGAGACGAUCGAGCAUACUCGCGGCAUAAUGCUCGAAAGUGAAGGCUAUGUGGACAGGAGCGUGAAAACGCUCAGGGGCAUGGCGCGAUGGCUACAAAUCGGAUAA